GACCCGAUCGAUUCCGGCUGCGAAGUUCGGCCCUCCGUUGUCGGUUUCGUCAGUGAUCGAACGCCAUGCCCGCGAUACGACGACGGUUUACGUCGGUUUAAAUGCGUUUUUUCUUCACCCUUUCAAAUUUAAAUCUAAAUUGGCAUUUUGUGAAUUUAAUAUUGAACUAUUUUUACGCGUUUGAGGAUUUUCGAGGACAGCGUUAUUCGUUGUUAAAAGCGCGUUUUACGGGAUUUUUGAGGAACGUGUCGUCGGAAGAUGUGACAUCAGUUCCUAGUGGCAGUUGUAUUUUUUUUAAUUUUGUUAAUGAGUGGUUCCAAUAGUUUUGUGCGCUAGUGGAUUAAUUUAUAUCAAGGGGGUUUAGGAAAAUCAGUUACAAUAUCGGAUCCUAUUUUCGCGGGGUGCUGGCCGGCAUCAGCGAGCAUGCUCGGCAGCCCCGCUGGGCCGGGGGGAGCCCCCCAAAGGGGGCUAUGGCCCCUGGCCCCGGCACCCGCUCCUACCGCUACUACGUUUUCCACUGAUGGUAUCAGUAAAUACGGCGUAUACUCGCUAUUUCCCGGAGGGCCGACCUUCGGAAGCGCGCUUUACUCACACGCGAGCACGAUCGGACGUUUCGCCAGCGGCCACAUACAGCAAUCAUCAUCAGGGAACGCUUUCCACCACGCGGCUCACAAAGUUUCAGACUCUCUAUUUUCGGCGACCGGUUACACUUUCGGCGCCCCAACACCACCCCCGGGGUCUCCUUACUCACCAAUACCGGUCACCCAGCUGGAACUCCUCACCAAAGGUUACUCCACGAACAACAUUAUCAUUCAACAAUCACAAGACUACCACCCUGCGAGUCCCAAGAAGGUGCAAAUAACCGAGAAACGAUGCGACGAAAAAUGCUGCUCGAUCCAGAAGACCCAGAAAAGUUGCUUGUGCCCCAUGUCGCCGGUGAAAAAGAUAACCGAGAUAAGUGCGUCUGGUUGCUCCAGAACGAACCCGAUCGAAUGGACGGGGGUGAACGUGAAAAAGGAGCCGGGCACCCCCUGCCAAGUAGCGGAAAUCACCACCAGUAUGUCGCCGGUGGUGAAACUGGAGGUGACGUCACCGACCCAAAAAACCGGUGGGGACUUAUCGGGGUCGAUGAUGGCCAACAAUGGGGCACAGAUUCCGGUCGGAAUCGCGGUCGCUAGACAGAGGGUGCAACAACACGAACUGGUCGCUUCGCCCUCUGUGCCCCCCGCAGGCCUUCUGGCAACUGUUGGUUCGGGGGGUGGAGGCGCGACAAUUAAAGAAUUGGACAAUGCCGCGGCGAUCUCUAGCAUGGCUGCAGGCAGCCCGGCCGCAGGGGGCGGCCCCAUCCUGCAAUGUACCGAGGACCGCGGAUUGGCCGCCUUUCAAAUAGGCGGCGGCCACGGGCAGGCCGCCCUCGCCACGCCCACACUGUGGCAAUAUCCUGCGCCGGUUCCUAUGGAACCAAUGGUCCCUUUACCAGUACCAACCAUGCCCCCGGUGGGCUUCCAACUGGUACGCGACCCAACCACCGGAGGGCUCCUACUUCUACCCACCACCACCGGAAUCGCAGAACCACUACAACAGACCGUCGUAUGGCCGAGCUACCCACAAACCUCAUCAGUUCUUCUACCGUCGUUAUCCUCCAUGCAACCUCCACCUCUUCAGUUAUUAAGUUCGGCAUCGUCCGAUUACCUCUCGAGCAGUACCACUCUGCACCAACACACCCAAACCCACAGUACAAGACUCGUGGCGGUAACCACCGAUGCCAAAAGGAAAAUGUUACCCGCCACCACUUUGAUCAAAAUCGAAACCGACGGUACCACCUUGGACCAAGCGAAAGCUUUGCAGGCGGUUAGCACCAUUGCCAGCAAUAACAGUACGGUUUUCACCGAUCAAACUGUACAACCCCUCGUGACCACUCACGUGAUAUACCAGCACCCCACGACGAAUCUAAUUGUGUCCCAGACCCCCAUGUCCAACAAUGAUUCUAGCACCACCUGUAGGUCACAAGCCACAUCUCCCGUAACCUCUUGCCUAACUCCUCCACCGGAUUCUGUACAGAUCCAAGAGGAAGAAAUGGUUGUUAAUACAGCAUCAAACGUACAGGAUGCCAACAUACAAACCGAUACUCCCAUUUGUAGCGAAGACGACAAUAGUACUUAUACCAUGUGCGAUGUUAUCGCAGAAGAAAAGCCUAAGGAGGUGAUGACGAUUGAAAGUGAGAAAGUCUUAGAAGAAGUCAGAGAAGAAGGGCGCGUGACCAUCACAGAACUACCUGAGGAGGCGGUUUUAACUGAGCAGGAUAAACCGAAGCCUGACCUAAGCGGCCUGGAACUCUUGUCCAAUAGCAUUGUGGAGUUUGAAAACCACCGCACAGAACCAGUGGUAGCAACGGAACAAGGAACUGCUUCUUCUCACACAGAAGAUUCCUCAAACACCUCCCCAGAAGAUUCCAUAGAAGAGGCAAAAGAAGUGCAACCGGUGGUCCUGGAUGACAACCUGGGAGGGUUAGAUCUGCUCUGUGCCCUGGCCGAGCAAAGAAUCCUAGAGGAAAACAUCGAGAAACCGGAAAAGAAAGAGCGAUCCACCAAACAUCACAAGGACCGAGAACGCAGACGGGAAAAGAGAAAGUCCAAGAAGCACUCCUCGGAUGAGCCUAAGAGGAAAAAAAUGAAACAUCGAUCCAAAGAGAGGGAGCACCGAAAGAGGUCCGAUAAAACCUUAAAGAAAACUGAACCGGCAUGCGCCUGCAACUAUAAACACUAUAAGACCCCGCAGUCCGAGCAGGAAGUGAAGAAGUUCCUGGAAAGCAAAGCGCCGCCGAGCUACUGCUGCCAAGGUGAUUGGCCCUGCAUGAACGCCAUCGAACUAGACAUGAGAAUGAAACUGGCAGAGCUCCAAAGGGAGUACAAAGAAAAACAGAAGGAACUGAGCAAAUUAAAGCCGAAGAAACACCAUCACUCGGACUGCACCAAAAAAGCCCAUAAGAAAUCCGAAAGGAGCGACACGCCGCCGCCACCACAUUUGGAUAAAAUCUCAGAAAAUGACCCGAGGAACCGCGAGGAUCUCCUGAAACCCCCCAAGUUAUCUGCCAUGCCCAAACUGGCUGAACUUAAAAGGAGAGCUUCCGAAACAGACUCUUCACCUGAAAAAACCUCCUCAUCGUCUUCAAAGAAACGAAAAGUGGGCAGACCCAAGAGGAUCAUGACCCCCCUAGGGGAGAUCGUCGGCACCGAAACGAUUGUCGCAAAAAAACUGAAAAACAACUUCGUCAACUGUUUGCUGGCCGCCAAAGAGAAGAUCAAACAGAAGAACCACGGGGAUACCACUCCGCCGCGUUUUAUCGAGGAACCUUACACGCAUAAACUGAAAAAAGUGAAAAACAACAACAACAACAACAAUACAAUUGUCAUUAUGGACGAGGAGAGUAAAUCCUCGAAAAUGCGGCCUAAACUGAGAGCCGAGGCCACCGUUAAGGUGCAAGAAGAUGACGACGAAGUGAUCGAUCAUAUCGACGAAGAUAUCGAUGAGGUGAACACUUCAAAUGAGAGUUUCAGCGAGGGAUUGUUGCAUGAUAGCAGCAUUAGCAGCAGAACUGAGGAAAGUUCGCUUGAGGUUGAAGAGGAGGUUGCGAGAGUGGAUGAUGAUGAUGAUGAAGAAGAAGAGGCGACUGGUGGUAAAGAGGAGAUGCCCAACUUGUGCGCUUUGACUGAGGAUCUGCUGGGAACUGAUAAGUUGCGGGUGUUGACUGCUAUGGGAGGACUCUUUUAUGCUGGGAGGCUGAACGCGGUCGAGCCUCCAGAUGUUUAUUCUAUAACGCUUGAUGGGGAGAGGGGGAAUAGGCCGCAUAUUAUGUCGAGGGAGGAGAUAUUGAGAGAUGCGAUCGUUGAAGUAUCACCUAAAACAACCGAAGACUUACCAGCCGGCACCCGUUUAUGCGCCUACUGGAGCCAACAGUACCGUUGCCUCUAUCCAGGAAGUGCGGCGGAACCGGGAACCCCAGACCCCCAACUGGACGGCAAAUUCGUCUCGGUAGAGUUUGACGACGGUGACAGCGGACGAAUCGCUCUACAAGACAUCCGACUGUUACCCCCCAACUACCCCAUCAUGGAAUACGACCCCAAUCCCUUGCUGAGCCUUUGCAAGCGACGACGCAGAACCUCCACAAGCAUUUCCACCGAGGAGAAACAACUCCAGGAAACCUUGGCUCCGAUCCUGGAAGUACCCAAGAAACCAGUUGUGGACCCCCUGGAGCAUCACAAAGAGAAAAAACGCCUCAAGAAAAAGAAAAAAGAGAAAAUCAAGGAGAAACUGUUGAAGAGCGGCGACGACAAGAAGAAGAAGCGUAAACACAAGUGCGCGGACGAGUUUUGUAAGCACAAGAGGCACCACAAGAAGCACAAAAAGCACCGCAGGCACCACGAUAAAUCGAAGACUGACUCGGAAGAGUCUUCGGGGCGGCCAGAGUUUAUUUGCGAAAUAAUCAGCGGGGAAACCGAGGUGGGAAAUGCGGUCGAGGCCUCUACAGUUCAAACUGUAGGAGAGGAGGACAAUGACGAAUCGUCUCAGCAGAGCGUAGAUGACUUUCCUAAUUAUGAAGCUCCCGCGAAUCCUGACGACGAGGUUACCAUGGACGAUAUUUUGGAAGCCACCGGAGAAAAGAAAUCAAAGAAAUUCCGGGACCGACAAGAAUCUUGCGAGAGCAGAAGUAAAAUGAGCGCCUUCUUACCAGCUAGACAGCUCUGGCAUUGGGCCGGCAAAGGCUAUAAACGACCAAGGGCCAAAGGGAAAUCUAAAAAAUGCUUCUACAAGGCCAUAGAGAGAGGAAAAGAAUCGAUUACAGUGGGAGAUGCUGCGGUGUUCUUGUCAACGGGAAGACCGGACAGGCCGUACAUCGGUAGGAUCGAGGCGAUGUGGGAAAUGUGCGGCACGAUGGCGGUGAAAGUGAAGUGGUUUUACCAUCCGGAAGAGACGGUCGGUUGUCCGGCGAAUCUUCAAUAUCCCGGUGCCCUCUUCGAGUCUCCCCACAUCGACGAAAACGACGUGCAAACAAUAUCCCACAAAUGCGAGGUACUGCCGUUAAAAGACUACGUGAAAAGACUGGGCAACGAUCCGGCUCGGUACGCCACCAUUUACGAUAACAACGACAUCUAUUAUUUAGCGGGACAUUACGAUCCCACCGUGCACACCCUCAGGAUGGAGUCCGGAAUACCAUUUUCAUCAAAAAGUGACUGACGAUAAUCGAAAGUUGUUGUUGUUGUCAUAAGGCGUAGAUGAAUCCAGUCGAGAUAUGACUGACUGACUAUAAAGAGGUUUGGGAGCUUGAUAAUACAAAUCUAAAAGAGCAAUAUUUAGAUGUUUUUUGAAAAUCUAGUGAUUUUUGGUGCUAUGUUAAAUUUGUUUGUUGUUUUUGAGUUGUUUUGUUGGAACCGUAUUGUUUUUUAUUGAGAGAGCUUCACAUCAAAGUUACUUAAAGAUCCGUUUAGUGUGGUUGCGAUUUAAUAAUAAUGACGAUGUUAUUAAUAGUAGUUUUUAUCUGUCAAUUAUGAAAAAUGUUUGUUUAAUCAACCGGGGGUGGAUACUGUUAAGAAAAGUGGAUUUUCUUUUGAUUAAGUAAAAUCUCUGUGUCUCCAAAUAGCCUUACCGCGGCGAUUUUUGAUUAAAAGUGAGAAAAUUGUGCAUGAAUGAAGUUUUGGGGAUUUUUUAUGCAACAUUCCUGCUUUUUUGGUGAAUGCGCGUGCGCCAUUUUAAACACAGAGAAAUAUUUCUUAAAAUAUUGAAAUUUUUAUCACUGUACUUCUUAGAUUCGGUAAAUGUCUCUCAAUUAAAUCACACGCUAUAGUCUGUUUAUUUAUUUUCAAAAGAAUGCACGCGCCUUCAACAACAUAUCAAAAAUUUUAUAAUGCAACGUUGCCGUAUUGCCUGGAAUUUUCGCAGGUUUAGCUACUUUUUAUUUUAUUUUACAAAUGCAGACAGGCCAGGAAUUCCAUUUUCCAAAGUUUCUUAUAAAACCGAGUAGUUUUUGAAAUUAAGAAAAAUAAGUCAAUAUCAAGAGAAAUCUGAUAGGCUGGCAACAUCGACAAGUUAAAUAUGAAAGUUUUCGAAAAAAAAAAUCAAAAUGCAACGUUGCUAAAGUGCCUGUAAGUUUUCCAAAGUCUUUCUUGAAACUGUGUAAUUUUUUAAAUGAAACAAAAUGGGUCAAAAUUAAGAAAAAUCAGAUGAACUGGCAACAAUGACAAGAUAGAUACAAAAAACUUUGGGAAAAAAUGCAACGUUGCCAAAUUACCUGAAAUUAUCCUUGUUUCAACUACCUUUUAUGUUAUUUUAAAAUUAAAACCAGGUUAGUUGCAAGUUUUGUUGUGAAAUAGGUGAAAAAUGAUCAAAAACUUAUUAGCUGGCAACAUGGCUAAGCUGGAUUGACCGAACUAAUAAAAUCAAACGUUGAUAACAGUAAAAUUUGCAAAAAUAAUCUAAAUGCAAUGUUGCCAAAGUGUCUAAAAUAUUUGGAAAGGCACGAUUUUGGUUUAUAAAGGUAAUUGAAAAAAAUAUUUUCUUGAGAAAUGAGGUUUUUUUUGUCAGUAUCAACAAUGUUGCCAAUUUUAAGUAAAGAUUUAUUGAAAUCACUUUUCAUAGGAGUAGGGUAAUGCGACCUUGCCAGAGUGCCUAUAAAUAUAAAAGUUUUAGGCACGCCUUAAUUAUUCCAAAAACUAACCAUAAAAAUAAACUAAAAUAUUUGUGAUAUAGGUAUGAGGUUACAUUUUGCCAUUGUUGCCAUAUACUUUGUUAACCAAUCUUUUGGAUUUUUUUUUCCUUGGAAACAAAAAAUGCCAGGUUGCCAACACGCCUUAAUUUGUCAAAGUUUCAACUACUUUAUGUCUUAACAAAAACCUGAAUCAAAAACAAAAUCAAUAAAAUGGUAAUUUUAACUGUUAGGGAGCAGUUUGUCAUUAUAAAUGAUGAAGCAACGUUGCCAAUUUUAAGAAAAAUUCAAAACUUUUUAAAGCAUUUUUCCUUGAGGAAUGAUUAUGCGACGUUGCCGAUAUACUUAAAGUGGCCAACGAUCAACAACUACUUUUUAAUUUAUUUUGAUAUAAAUAAUUAAUUUUUCAUAGGCAGGAAGAAGAUCAUGGUUAGAUUUCGCCAUAAUAAAUUAUCUACAACGUUGCCAAUUUUUGUUUAAAAAUCCAAUAUAUUUUUUCUUGAAAACAGAUAGUGCCACGUUGCCGACCUGCCUAAAAUUACCUAAAAUGCAACGACUUUCUAUGCAAUGAAAUUAAAUCAUCGAUGAAAUUAAGAUAAGAGAACCGUAUCGUUUGUAUGUGAGCAACAAAGAAAUCGCGUUUUCGGCAAAUGUCUCCUUCAAAUGCUUUGAUUCAAAGUGAGACAAUAAUAUUAUUAGUCUUAGAGGAUAGAUAUACAAAACAUUCCUGACAGAUUGGUGAAGGCGCGUAAGGAGUUUUGUACAUUAAAUAGCAAAACCGUCUUGUAUCAUUUGAUAAAAAAUAAUUUAAGCUUAGAAGGGAUUAUUGGAGUAUAGUCAAAGUACGAACAAAACCAUUUAACUCAUAUGUCGACGUUUCUGUUUAUUUUAAAUGAUCCUCAAGGCACUUCAAUGGACAAUCAUUGUCGUCACUUAUAUCGCAUGAAAAUUUGAGUUUAAAUAAAUAAACCAUUACUAAUAAAAUUUAUUUUUUGUACCCUCUAGAUUCAGAUUUUGUCAUUAACCUUAACCAAAAAUCUAUUUCUUCAUAAACAAAAGAGUGCACGCGCCUUCACCAACACAUCAAGACUUUUUUCAUAUCUUUCGAGAUUACCUAAUUAAUUUGGCUCUUAUUUGCUUCAUUAAUUCUCAAAAUUAAUAUAGAAAUUAGCCGCAGUUGGACAAAACCUUGAAUAUUCAUAAUAAUUAUAGUAAAUCUCCUUAAAUGACAUUAACAAAUUAAUAUUCAAAUCCUGCCUAUUAUUCUAGCAAAAAUAAAGCCGAGUAACUUGUCGCAUUUAUGACUUAAAAUAAGAUCGACUGCCUGGAAUAGUGAAAUUCUUUUGAUUCAAAUUUAAACCAUGACCAUUUCAUAUACGAAAACCUUCUCUCUGCUUUCCCUCUUAAUUUGCAUACUAUUCAAGCAAAAUUAAAUAAAUGAAUUAUGACAGUUGCUGUUGCUGCUUUAUUAUACCUUCAUUCCUUUUGAUUUAUUACACAUUUGCCUGCACAGAUUCUCCAGUAGUUCCUUGUUGAGUUCUAGAUUUUUAUCUCUUUCCAAAGCUGACUGUUCAACUCUCCCUCUGUCAUCACAUUUGACUGCCGAGACAUGGAUAGUAUUCGAUAUUCAAUAUUUAUGUUUUAAUAAUAUUUACCUUUUUUUACAGGAUUCCCUGGACUAACAGUCUAAAAAAUGAACCUUUUCCCCAAACAACAAAAAACCUCUUUUCUAAACUGCUUGCCCAAUUAAAAUAAUUGCCUGGAAUAUAAUAUAAUAUGCGCCUAUUUUUGGUCUACCAUUGGCUAAAAUGGAGGAAAUGUUAAAAAAUUUAUUUAUUAACUGUUAUAUUCAUUACAGUAGAUGUUAUAGUUGAACCUUUAAUUUAAAAGAAGAACAUUAUUCUAAGCUAAAUUUCUUUUAAUAACAGUUAACGAGAAUCUCGUGUGUUGCAACUUUAUAAAACCAGUUAAGCAAAAAAAUUAUUUAGCAGAUACAUAGUUUGAUUUGACGUUAUUUUAUAUUCGCCAAAAUUCGAACUUACUUAAGCUUCCGUCCACCCUUUGUUGAUUAAUCAAACUAAAACAAAAAGCUACCAGAACCACCCUGAAUAUUGACGGUAAUAAAAAAAUUUCGAUAAUAAAUCUCCUUACGAGCCGACAAAAAUUCACAUUUUUAGCCGAUAAGUUGUACAGUUUUUGUAAAUAUUCAAACCAGUAGACGUAGUACUUAUAUAAAACAGAUAUAUAUAAUUAUGUGGAAAAUAUAUAUAUAUUUUGAUAUUCCGA